CUCCAGUUGUUUAAAAACUACUCUGUUUGUAUAGUAUUACAAAUAACACUAUUCAUAUCUAUAUAUUAUAUAUAUCGCCAGACAAAGACGUUCACAUUGCGUUAAGCUUAGAUUUUCUCGUCUUCGCAACACCAUAGUUCAGGAAUCAUCUUGCCUUUCUCUCUCUAGAUCUCUCUCUCUCCUACUAAUCUGUGCCUCUGUUAUGGGUAAUCUGUAACUACUGCUAUAUCCUCCUCUCUCUCUUUCUAUAUAUACACACAUAUAUACUUGUGUGAGUAUAUAUGGCAGGGCCUCCCGGAGAGAAUCCUUUGCUGGAGAUUGGUCGGGAAAAUGACGCCGGAGCAAUCUUCGUCCUUGAAUCGAAAGGGCAGUGGUGGCACGCGGGGUUUCAUCUGACGACGGCGGUUGUGGGGCCCACAAUCCUGACGUUGCCGUACGCAUUCAGAGGCCUCGGGUGGGGCCUAGGGUUCUUGUGCUUGACGGCGAUGGGAGUUGUCAGCUUCUAUUGCUUCUAUCUCAUGUCUCUGGUUCUCCAUCACUGCGAGAAAGAAGGUCGUCGCCACAUCCGAUUCCGGGAAUUCGCCGCCGACGUGUUGGGAUCUGGAUGGAUGUUCUACUUUGUGAUAUUUAUCCAAACAGCAGUAAACACCGGUGUUGGAAUAGGAGCUAUUUUGCUAUCAGGAGAAUGCCUCCAGAUCAUGUAUACGACCAUUUCCCCCAAUGGGCCAUUAAAAUUAUACGACUUCAUAGCAAUGGUGACAGUGAUAAUGAUAGUUCUGUCUCAGCUUCCAACCUUCCACUCUCUGAGGCACAUCAACAUGGUUUCGCUUCUUCUCUGCUUGGGUUACACUUCCCUUGUGGUUAGUGCCUGUAUUUAUGCAGGUACAUCAAACAAUGCACCCAAAAAGGACUACUCCUUAGAAACUUCAGACUCAGCAAGGGUUUUCAGCGCCUUCACUUCAAUCUCCAUUAUGGCUUCCAUAUUUGGGAAUGGAAUACUACCUGAAAUCCAAGCAACUCUGGCUCCACCAACUACUGGGAAGAUGCUUAAAGGCCUUCUUAUGUGUUACUCUGUAAUUAUUGUUACUUUCUACUCCGCUGCAGUUUCUGGAUAUUGGGCGUUUGGAAACCAAUCUGAUGGAAACAUUCUUAAUAGCCUAAUGCCUGAUGAUGUUACUUUGGUGCCAACAUGGGUUUUAGCCCUUGCGGUUAUUUUUGUUCUCCUUCAACUCUUUGCCAUUGGACUGGUUUAUUCCCAAGUAGCUUAUGAGAUCAUGGAAAAGAAAUCAGCUGAUGUGAACCAAGGGAUGUUCUCAAAAAGAAACCUAAUUCCGAGAAUAAUUCUCCGAUCACUGUACGUGAUAUUCUGCGGAUUCGUUGCAGCUAUGCUACCAUUCUUUGGAGACAUUAAUGGGGUGGUAGGAGCUAUUGGCUUCAUCCCCUUGGAUUUCAUCCUCCCAAUGCUGCUCUACAACAUGACUUAUAAGCCCUCAAGAUCAUCGCUCAUCUAUUGGAUCAACAUGUCUAUAAUGAUAGUCUUCACUGGUGUAGGACUCUUGGGCUCAUUCUCUUCUAUUCGACAGUUGGUUCUUGAUGCCAGCAAGUUCAAGCUCUUUAGCAGUGAAGUGGUCAAUUGACUUCAUAUUCCCACUAUGAUGAACUCUCUCGUAUGCAGGAGGGACUCAUCCCUUGUCCGGAGAAGGGAAACCUUUCUCAAUUUGGCGUGCCCACCGGGACUACACAGGUGUAAAUAAACACCAGCAUGUUGUUUUAGGAAGGACAAUGAUUUCGGAACAUUCAAUUGCAAUCUUGUACACGAAACACUUAAUAUUCAGAAUUCGGGAAAUCAGAGAAGUGCAGAGUUCAGUUGUCUGGUUACUGCAAAACCGCCAUUAAGGUGCUUUUUAUAAAGAUGAAAAAUCCGAUUAGAGCCGAUAAAAAGUUGGUUCUGUGAAUGUUUAAUUUCUGAUCAGUUCCUAAAAUAGCCUUAGUCUGUGUUUUUUUUUUAAAACUCUAUAUAACCAGUGAUGUGUGCUACUUCAAUCAUCUAAUGUUUGCAUAUAGUUUGUGGCUGUACAAUGUGAAUAGUUUUUGAGUGAAUUCUUAACUGAUGGGAAGGAGAUUUAGCUUAUGUCAAUAAAGUUUUUUUUUUGAACUA